CUAAGUCUUUUAAUCUUUCAAUUCUCAAUUUAUCCUUCCUUCCUCCAGACAUGGAUGAAAGUUUGAUGAGAGCCGCUCGAACUGGAAAUGUUGGUGAUUUGUACAGUUUAAUUCGGAUAGACGGAAACGCUUUGAGGCGCUUCGAGGAGGCGGAGUUUGUCUGCACCCCUUUACACAUUGCCGCGGAAGAAGGGUGCAUUCGGUUCGCCAUGGAGAUCAUGAACUUGGAGCCAUCUUUUGCUCGGAAACUAAACCAAGAUGGCUUGAGCCCGAUGCACCUUGCAGUUAAAAAAGGGCAUACGGAGAUGGCGUUGCGUUUCAUGGAAAGGGAUAAAGAUCUUGUUCGCGUCAUGGGGAAGAGUGGUAAGACUCCUUUGCACUUGAUAUGUAAAGCCGGAAACCACGACCGUCUGUUGGAUAGAUUUUCUAGAGGCUUGUCCUGAAUGCGUUCUAGAUGUUACGGUUAAGAAUCGCACCGCUCUACAUAUUGCAACGGGAAACAAGAGAUUAGACGUUCUUCGAAUCCUGAUUCGAUCGCUUCGUAAGAAAGACUAUUAUCGAAAAGUGGUGAACCAGAAAGACGAAGAUGGCAACACUGCACUGCACAUGGCUGCCAACAAUAAUCAUCCCCAGAUGCUGAAAUUACUAUUAGACUGCAAGGCCGAUAAGCACGCUACUAAUCAGGCCGAUUUGACGGCACUGGAUGUCGCACAACAACAUAACGAUAAAGAAAGCAUAAGUAUGCUGCGUGGUUGCUUUAUUCCAAAAGUUUCAACCUUUAACUACAAGUUGAAGAAACAAAUGGGCAAGUACGUUAGGAAAGCAUCGUGGGUAUUUUUUCAGGACAUAGACCAUAUAUCAGGCGAUGACCGCAACGCCUUACUAGUAAUUCUAGGAUUGCUCCUCAGUUCAACCUACCAAGCCACUCUCAGCCCUCCCGGUGGUCUUUCGCAGGACGGAGCAUCCUCGGGGCAAUCGGUCUUGAAAGAAAGGGUCUUCCUUGAAUUCUAUAUUAUGACCUACGUCGUGUUCACCAUAGCGUUUUUCCUAACACUAGCCCUACUCAAACAGUUCCCGGAUGGGUUCAGGACGGCACUCGAAGUACUGCUUGCAUUUUUCGCGAUUUGCUUUAACGGGUCGAUCGAAGUCAUAGCCCCGUCCGUUUUAACCGCCGUGAUCAUCGAUAUAUUUUCGGGAGUUUUUUUCCUUUUGAUGGUGUUCAUGAGUAUCACGUACGAGGUGUCCAAACUGAGUGUUGCUAUCAUGGGAUGCUCGUUCCUCCCUGUUGGUCCAUUCCCCCCUUAUGGUGUACUUUCAGGGUUGUUCUUUUCCCUUAUUUUAUUUGAUGAGUUUUGGAAAGGAACCGGUUUAAUUCUAGUUUUCAAUUUAUUGCAUUGUUUAAAUGCAUUGGUUGAUCCUAGUCAUUUGAACUCACAAUACACUGUUAUAAUCACUGCAUUCUGGUUUUUCUUUCACUUGUGUCGAAUCUGCAUUAAGCGAUUCAUUAAAUGUUGUAACACCUUUGUUAACUAA